CCCUCCCGGGUCCUAUUCACCGGAGCUGUCAGUACCAUGGUCGGUACCCAGGACCAUAGGCUGACGCUCCUCCAGUCUACCACCGACUCUGAGUUGCCACCCAAGCCGCCGGUGUCGCCUCUCCUGCUGACAGAACCGUUAACAUCACCCCCCUCCCCUCCCGGUCCUCCGGCUGUCCAACGGUCCAAUAUCCAGCUAAUGGUUACCAUUCGACAGUUUGCCAGUAUCAGUCGCUGAGGAUGUUAUGAUGCCAUCAUCGCCGGUGUGACGACUGAGUGAAACCGGGCCUGAUCAUGGGAGACAGAAGGAGGUCACCAUGUGCAGAAAUGUGUCCAAAUAUGCGCUCAUCUUCCUCUUUCUAGCCCUGUCCGGCUUCAUCUUCCUGUUGCGCAACAUUCACACUGUGGAGAACUGGAACUGCCACACUAUCUCAGCCCUCUACCAGCUCCAGAGCAGGAUCCAGUCGUCCUUCCUCCCCGUGAAUCUGCCCACCUUUCAUCACAACCGCUCCUUCUGUGCACAUCUGGGCCAGAAACCAACGCCUGAAGAUGAACUGGAGGAACGUUACCUGUUGGACUCCAUCACCUGGCCUGGACCCCCGCCUCGCUCCUCACCCCGCGCCCUGCGCCAGACGAGCGACCCCGUGCACAGCCUGUUCGCCGUCCUCCCCACUCAGGGAGGGAGGGAGUGGCAUGUGGGCGACCAGCUGGAGGCGCUUGUCCAGAUGCACGACUUCCAGGGUCGUCCAAAGCGCUACGGAGGGGAUUUCAUUUUGGCCAGACUGCACUCCCCAGAGCUGGGAGCAGGCGUAGCGGGUAAAGUGCUGGACCACAAGAACGGAUUUUAUUCUGCUAUGUUCCCGCUUCUCUGGGUGGGUUCUGCACAGAUUGAGAUCACACUGGUGCACCCGAGUGAAGCGGUGGCUGUGCUGCGAAGGCUGAGGGAGGAACGGCCUGAUCGGGUGUUUUUUAAGAGCCUGUUCCGCCUGGGCUUCCUGUCUGAAACAACAGUCUGCAACAUGUGCCUGCCCCUUGAGCAGCCUCUGUGCAACUACACUGACCUCUACACAGGCGAGCCCUGGUACUGCUACAAGCCUAAGAUGCUCAGCUGUGACAGCAGAAUCAACCACGCCAAAGCAGGCUACCAGAAACACCUCAUCACCAACAAGGAAGCACUGCUCUUCCAGAGUGGUGUAAACAUUAAAGUUCCCAUACACGCUUCAGGACCCGACGGAAUCGACGUUCUGCCCCCCAGGAAAGAGGUAGAGGUAGAAAGCAGCAGUGUAAAACCAGAGCCAAUUAAGCUAGCCCCGUCUGGAUAUUACUACGAGGACUCAUGGAGGCCAUUAAGUGGCAUUACAAUGCGCCAGUUCAACGAAUCAUCCGCUGUCACUCAGUGUUUGAAGAACAAGGUGAUCAACAUGUACGGAGACUCUACCGUCAGACAGUGGUUCGAGUACCUCAUCACUUUAGUACCAGGGUUGAGGGAGUUCAAUUUGAACAGUCCUAUGAACGUGGGGCCUUUCAUGGCGGUGGACAGCACCCAUAAUAUCCUGUUGAAGUACCGUUGCCAUGGCCCGCCCAUCCGCUUCUCCACCGUCAUGGCCAGUGAACUGCGGUACGUUUCAAACGAGCUGGACGGCCUCUCCGGGGGGCCAAACACUGUGGUGGUCCUCAGUAUUUGGGCCCAUUUCAGCACCUUUCCUGUGGAGGUGUACAUACGGCGGCUGCGUCACGUCAGGCGGUCGCUGGUGAGACUUCUGGACCGGGCGCCGGGGACGAUGGUUGUGAUUCGCUCGGGGAACCUCCAGGCCCUGGACCCGGAGGUGAGCCUGUACAACAGCGACUGGUACUCCCUGCAGCUGGACGAGGUGCUCAGGUCCAUGUUCAAGGGGCUGAACGUGCUGCUAGUGGACGCCUGGGAGAUGAGUUUAGCUCACCACCUUCCUCACGCCCUGCAUCCUCCGCCGGUCAUCGUCAAGAACAUGAUAGACACGCUUUUGUCGUACGUUUGUCCAGAUAAGACAAAGAGACAACUUACAUAGGAGAGGAUGACGAUACUGGAUCUUGUUGUUGAGGAGUUCAUUAUGUGAUGUUUUUUCCGAAGGUACACACCCUUUAAAUACGAUCUUUAAUGAGAGAUUUGCCUGAUUCAAAGUACUGUUCUCUGUUUUGGUUUGUUUUUAAACUAAUUUUGUUCUGAAAAUGCCAAAGCCUUUGGCGCAGUGAUUGUUACUUUCCAUCUGCUUUUGGUACCAAAGUGUUGUGUGUGUGUGUGUGUGUGUGUGUGUGUGUGUGUGUGUGUGUGUGUAUGCAUUUUUAAAGUAAUAAUCACAAAGAUUUACCUUCAACUGAAUGUAUUUUAAGUGAUUUUCCAAAUGAGGUAACCCUACAAUGAGUGGGUCUAAUGGUUCACGCGUGAAAGUCUUUGCAUUACAAACAGGGUGUGGCAUAUUCCUGGGUAAAUGUACAAGAUGCACAAAGUUAGUCAAGCGUUUCCCAUCAGCUUGGAUUGCCAAAAAGAAUAGGACGCAGCUCAUGUAAAAAGACUAGCUCUCCAACUCUCUUGUGUUCAUUCUUUUCUGGUCUGAGCUUCCACUGCGAGUAAACUGUAACUCUCCAAACUAAAUAAAGAUGAAUACAUACCAUACAAUUAAAGUUAAAAUACUUACGUCACACAGGCAAGUUUUAAAAACCCACCUGGAAAUACUGCUUACCGACAUGGUUUCGCCAAAGAGAAUGAAAUGGAAAUCAUCGAGACUUUACGUUGUCCAUAUUUGUGGUUGGUAUGCUUUCAAGGUUGCAGUUUAAACUUUAUAUUUAUGCAUAUCUUUGUUCGUUAGUUGUGCCAAAGCUGAAGACUCAGUGAGUUUUCAUCUCGAGAUUUUCCUCAGGCUGUUCGGUGUUAAAAUUAUAUUAUGUUCGGAUGUUGAAUACACUUAAUUAGGUCAGGCUAUUUAAAAUGAAACACUGCUUUCUCUGAUUAUCUGUUCUGCAAAAUACUCCUUUGUUAAUUAUCAUCUAUAAAUGUGUUGGAUUUAUUUUAUAGUUAAUGUUAAUUUAGGUGUUUACAGUACAUAUCAUCAAUGGAACUUCUUUAUCAGACCAAAGUUAAAUACUGACUGCAUUUAUAUUACUUUUAUCCACAUUUCUUUACAAAUUUAUUUUAAAACUUGUUAUUUAAAGGCAACCUGAAACUCUGGUUGACCAUCAUUUUCCACAAUUUACUUUUGGGAUUUACUUUCUGCUUUUAUAUGCUCAAACGUCACUUUGAAGGUCUGGCUUUAUUUGUGUAUCUUUGGAGUCCAUCCACAUUGUGUCAGUUCCUAUUGCUAAUGUUACUUUCUACGUUAACGGUUAUCCUUUAUGCCGUCCCAUGUUUAUCGUAAGACAGCGAAGUUUGAAGGAGAGGUGGUUAUCAGGUCUGUGUGAUACAAAGAGAAAUAUGUGCCUGUCUAAUCCUGCUUGUCUCUGACGACGAUCAGACGCCGACUUUUAACAGACUUUGUCAAAACUCAUUUUAAUAAGAACAGCAUCAUCACUGUCAAAUGUUUGCUUUAAUAACUCUUAAGACGAGCAGCUCAUGACUCUGUUUUGUCAUUCGCUUUCUCAAACUGGAGAUUAGAUUGAAGAAGCUUCGAGAUUAAGGUAAAUAACAUAUCGAUAAAAUGUGGGUAUGAUAAUUGUCACGAUAAAUCAGGAUCAUGACAUGGUGAUGCAUCUGGUAUCUUGCAUUUUCCUGAUCUUAAAACCUUUGGUACAUUUCAAUAAACUAAACUGUUAACACGGCA